AUGGCAGACGAGAAUAAAAUUGAUGGGGAAAUAUUCAACAAGCGACUUGCUCGUCUGUUUGACCACUUUGACAAAUACAAAGAUACUCUAUAUGAUAAUUGCACAAUUUUCCAAGUUUUUAUGGGCAAGGUAAAUCAAGAAGAAAAGAACGAUUACGAUGUACACAAAUUAAUGCUCUUGUGGCUGAUUGGAUACGAAUUCACUGAUACUAUUAUUUCCUUUGAACCUCAUACAAAAUCUGUGCACUUCUUCACUAGAGAGCCAGAAGAAGUACAACUUGCUAAAGCUUCUUCACAAUACACCACUAAGUUCGUCAAGAAAAUUGUCACCGAUAUGGAAGGUGUUAUCGAUGAAGGAAAGGAAAUCAAACACAGUCAAUUUGCCGUAAAUAUUGAAAAUAUGGUGACAAAAGCUGCUGCAGAAAUUGAUUUAACAUUAGCUUUUAAUCCUAUUAUUCAAUCUGGAGGUGGAUAUAAUCUUAACUUAGAUUUCAAUGACGAAUCAGUUAAAUCAGAUGACAAAAUCCUUAAAUUUGAUAACAUCAUUUUAAUGUUUGGUAUCAGAUACAAAUCAUUCUGUUCAAUGGUUGCAAGAACUUAUUUCAUUAAUGCUAGUGUGGAAAAGGAAAUGGAUUACGAAAUUUUGUACAAUGUCUACCAAUUCCUUGUCAAAAAGAAGAUUAGAGUUGGUCAAACAAUGGAUAGUAUUUAUGCUGCUGCUAGGGAAUUUUUAAGAAAGAAGAAACCAGAGUUGGUUCCACAUUUCACAACGAAGGUUGGUUUCUGUAUAGGAUGGCAACCUUCCUCUCCAAUCAUGCAAAUGGCUGAAGGCAAUAUGAUGGAAAUUGCAAAUAAUAUGACAUUUGUUGUUCAAUUAGGAUUUGAAAAUGUUCCAGAACCAGGUCGUGCUCCAUAUUCUAUGUUCAUUGCUGAUACAGUUGUAGUUUCAACUGAAGAUUAUGGUAUGCCAAGAUCAAAUGAUCAAGUUGAGGUUCGUGAAGAAUGUCAAGUUUUGACUCGUAUUAAGAUUGACUAUAAUCAAAUAUCUUACUCAAUUGAAGAUGAAGAAGCAGCUGAAGAGGUUGAACCAGAAGUGAUUGAUCAAGAAUUCGGACAAAGACAAAAGCGUAGUGCUGCUAUUGCUUCAGGUUUGGUUAGAGGUGUUGAAUCAUCUGACUCUACUCUCAAUGAUGAAGAAAGAAGAAAGAGACAAUUAUCUCUUCUCCAAAGAAAGAGAGAAGAAUACGAAGGAAAGGAUGAAUCUUCAAGCACUUCAUCAAGAAAGAAAAAGUUGUCAGCUGAUGAAAAAUUCGCUAAAGGUGAAGUUGUUAGUUAUACUGGACCUAUUCCAAAGAAUCUUCAAUUGGUUGCCAACCAAAUCAUUGUCGAUAAGAGACAUGGAUCUGUCUUGUUGCCAAUUAAUGGUUCUCACGUUCCAUUCCACAUUGCCGCUAUUAAGAACGUAAACACAACUGACGAAGGUGAAUAUGUACAUCUCAGAAUCAACUUUAACAAUACUAAACUCAACUUUGGUAAGGUUUACGAACCAGCCAAGUUGUAUAAGCACCUUGUCUUUGUCAAGGAAAUUUCAUACAGAGCAAAGGAUUCCAAACGUUUGGAAAGUGCUAGAAGAGAAAUCCUUGAAUUGAAGAAACAAAUUGGUCAAGAAGAAAGAGACAGAGAAUUCAAUGAAAAUAAUAAGGAAGUUGAUCAACCAAAACUUAAAUUAGUUAGUAAGGGUCAAAAGGCUCCAAGACUUGCUGAUAUCUUCAUGAGACCUGGUAAGAAACAAGUUGGUGUAAUUGAAGCUCAUGAAAAUGGUUUGAGAUUCUCCAGUAACAAGGGUGCUAAGAUUGAAAUUAUGUACUCUAAUAUCAAACAUGCCUUCUUCCAAGAAGCCAAGAAUGAUAUUAUUGUUCUUAUUCACUUCCAUCUUAAGAAUCCAGUUAUGAUUGGUAAGAAGGCCUUCCAUGAUAUUCAAUUCUUUACUGAAGUUAUUGAAGAAUUUGAUCACUUGGUCGGUAGACACAGAAGACAAGCUGUUUCUGAAAGAGAAGCUAUUGAAGAAGAAGAAAGAGAACAACUUUUGAAGAUUAAAUUGAAUAAGGAAUUUGCUUCAUUUGUAAAGAAAGUUGAAGAAAAGUCAGGCGUUGAUUUUGAAAUUCCAUUCCGUGAUUUAGAAUUUACUGGUGUCCCAUCUACUGGUAAAUCAAAUGUAAAUUUAGUACCAACUCUAAAUUGCCUUGUUUCCCUCUCUGAAGCUCCUUUCUUUGUGUUGACAAUGGAUGAAGUUGAAAUUGCUCACUUUGAAAGAAUGAAAUUUGGAUUGAAGAACUUUGAUAUUGUAUUUAUUUUGAAAGACCUUACUACUUACCACUCCAUAACAUCUAUACCAGUUGAACAUUUGGAUAAGAUUAAGGAUUGGUUAACAAACAGCAAUGUAUUAUACUUUGAAGGUGCUCAAUCUUUGAAGUGGGGUCCAAUUCUUAAGACUAUUCGUGAAGAAGACAACUGGGAUCCAUACAGUGAAAAUGGUUGGACCUCUUUCCUCGUUAUGAGUGGUGAACAAGUUGAAGAAGAUUUAGAAGAAGAAGGAGCCGAAGAAUAUGAACCAUCAUCAGGUGAAGAAGAAGACGUUGAUGACGAUGAUGAAGAAAUGUACAUUGAUUCAGAUGAUGAUGAAGACGAUGAUGAUUUCGAGGAAGAAGAGGAAGAAGAUGCUCCAACAUGGGAAGAAUUAGAAAAUGAAGCCAUGGAAGAAGAUAAUCAAAAACGAAAGAGAGAUGAAGAAAUCAGUGAUGAUGAAGAGUAUCGUAAGCCAGCUAAGAGUAGCAAGAACAGGAAAUAAACCCUUACAAAACAUUUGGUCUUAAUUGACCCAAUUUUCAUA